GAAUAAUGUGUUUUGAAAUAUCACUUAUCGACUUCGUGGAUGAAGCAAAAGGAACGUAAAGUUACGUGUUCACUGUUGACAUGUAUUUUGUGUUCUAUUCGUCAUCAAUUAGUAUUUACCAAAGCUGUUGUAUAGAUAUUCGAAAUACGCUCUUAUCAUAUGUCGGCCCUGAAGAUCGCGAUAAUCGGGACGCGGCUUCUAGAGCACUCUGUCGCCAGAUCCACGAGAAACUGGACAGCCCCAGGAAUACGAUAGAUUGUAGCGUACCUAAAUUCCUAGCGAGGUCUUGACCAUCAUCCCUUUUUCUCGCUACGAUGGACACCGAUGUCGAGUCCUGUUUAAAAGACUGGAACGAUUUAGCGAAAGAUUACAAGGAAUUAGAAGUAUUAAACAAAGAGUACCUUGUAAAAUUAGACGAAAUAAGCGAACUUCAAGCAAAAUGUUUAAAAGGUAUUUCUCAUCAAAGGUACAGAAUGGGUGUAAUAUCGAAAUCCCUCAAACAAUUGCAUGCAGGAGAUGCAAGAAAAAGUUUAAAUAAAGAUAUGGCCAGAAGAGAAGAGCAAUUACACGAAAUAGAACAAACAUUGCCAAAACAGAAUGGCACGUACCUUCAAAUUAUUUUAGGCAGUGUUAAUGUUUCCAUAUUAAACAAAAGCGAUAAGUUCAAGUACAAAGAUGAGUACGAAAAGUUUAAAUUAAUCCUCUCUGUAAUUGGCUUUAUUUUAUCUGUAUUAAAUCUAGUAACUAAUGUCAGAACUUUGGAACUUAGCUUUAUGUUCCUUUUAGUCUGGUAUUAUUGUACCUUGACAAUAAGAGAAAGUAUAUUGAAAGUGAAUGGUUCAAAAAUCAAAGGUUGGUGGAGAUUUCAUCAUUUCCUCUCGACCGUAGUAUCUGGUGUUUUAUUAGUGUGGCCUAACACAGGGCCAUGGUACGCAUUUCGACAGCAAUUUAUGUGGUUCAAUGUAUACAUUAGUGUAGUGCAGUAUUUGCAAUUUUGUUAUCAGCGCGGUGUUUUAUACCGCUUGAAAGCAUUGGGCGAGCGACAUAAUAUGGACAUUACUAUCGAAGGUUUUCAUUCGUGGAUGUGGCGUGGACUAUCAUUUUUGUUGCCAUUCCUUUUUGUUGGAUACCUGUUUCAAUUAUAUAAUGCAUAUGUAUUGUACACAUUAACAUCCCAUCCAGAAGCUACGUGGCAUGUUCCAGUCCUUAGUAGCAUGUUUUUAGUACUGUUCCUGGGUAAUUUAAUAACGACCAUAAUGGUAAUUCCUCAGAAAUUGAGACAACGUGUAAGAGAUCAUCUCCCGGGAGUAUUUUCUUCUAGAACCGAGCGUAAAGGAGAGGUAAACGGUGAGAAAGAUAUUAAAAAUAAAAAAUGUGAGUGAAAGGACACUAGUAUACACCAAAUAAAAUUGUUUAAUUAAGCGAGUAUGAAAAAUGAUUAAAUAAAGUACAGAGUACACAAUUGAUGAAUGCGUGGAAAAAAAAAAAUCUGUGGGUAAACAUCGUUAACAGUAUCCUGAAAAAAGCAAGUAGUUAAAUAUUUUAGUUCAGUAUAGAGAAUUACACAGCAUACCAAAAAGUAGACGAAGUAUCUUAAACGAUUCUUUCCUCUACGUGCCGACGUCUUUCUACGUGUAUCGCCGAGCAUAGAACUAAUUAUGUACCAGCUUGUCGUAACGUAGAAACGAAUUCUUUGAAGAUAUUCCCUUUUGUAUGCCCUUUCAUAAUAUUUCAAGACACUUCAACUUUUUUGGCUGUAUCAUUUAAUACUUAUUUUUGUGGGUACUAAUAUAAUAUACGAAAAUCAAUGCAUA